AUGCAGUGGGUUACCAACGGUUGUUACGCGGGCGCACUAGUUUUGUAUCUCAUAACGAAGUAUUAUUUUGAGAAUGAAUGUAAGAAGAGGCUUGGUAUGGACCUGCCUGGUGCUGCUUGCUGUAAGCAUUGUACAGGCCAGUAUAUUAACAAAGAAAUCGCUGCUAACUCCAAUGAGACAAUCGUGUUUCACAUGCAAGGCGGAAGACAGGCCAAUGGCGUGGCCGCUCAUAUCUCAGCUCGUGAAGUUCAAGGAUACAUUGAUGAAAGCUGUCAAUGUACUAACGGACAAUUU